AUGAGAAAAACAACAAUAAAGCAUUAUAAAACUGAAUUUAUUCGGGCUCCGGUGACUGUGGAACUGGACGUUUUCCGGGCAUCGCCCACCAUUUUCGAUGGACGUCUCCUUGGAGGCAUUCGAUGGCUUCCGGUGAGGCGUGCGGUCCGCAACACGCGAAUUUGUCGUCGGCUCCGUAGCAGAUGUUGUCGAGACGGACGCACCAGACGUGGAACCAUUGGUUGCAGUCGGAGCAGGAAACCUGGAAAUCGAGAAAGGGUUGAGAAAGAAUCCGCCGACGACUCGUCGAGUUGCUUCAUUCUACGAGAUGGUCCUGUCGCCUCCUUCUGCUUCGUUUUUGAGGCAUCUGAAGUGGAAGGCAUUGACGUUGAAGUAGAAGGCACUGCAGAUUUCGUCUUGAUCUUCUUCUCAUCGACUGGUUUAGAAGACGUCGAUGGCUCAUCUGAAUCCGGUGACGGUUCCUUCUCAGGGGAAGCAAUCAUUGGAGCCUUCGGUGUCGCGAUCUUCGGUGAUGAAGUAGAAGGUGUCGCUGGCGCUGCAGUUUCCACGUGGAUUGGAGCGGUGACUUCUGGAGACGCGGCUUCUGGAGCUGACGCCUUCUGA